CGGACCGCGCCACUGCGGUUGUUCCACUGAUUAGAACACGACUGCAACAGUGUCCGAAGCGCUACUGGCUACAACCGCGCACUACGGCAUCACCACGGGACUCGGACGUACUCUGUCCAGUGUCCACUAUCAGACACCAGUGUUUGCUGACCACCACGACUGUCCGCUGCCCGCCGAGUGGACAGUUUGCGCUCGGCGUAGUCGCGUCUCAAGUCCGUACCGCAGUGCGAUCGGAUCGGUGUUGACGGCUGGUCGGUACCGCAUUACCACUUACCAGUGAAAACGCGCGUACAACGGUUUACGGGGCACAUGGUUUGAUAAGGUUGCCAGCUGCUGCCCGACAACAUCACCGUCGACCGACAACAACAACGAUAGUCUACCACCUACGUAUAUUAUCUUAUAAUUAAUAUUUUCGUUCUGUCGAUUUUCACGGCGCUCAAUUGACUUGACCGCGGCGGAAUGCCUCCUGUAGUCUCGAAAACCAAUCGUUCGUAGGCUGGCAGGUUCGGUCGUGGUAACCGGAGUGACGACUGCAAUAUUAUUAUUACUAUUGGUGGCUGCUGUAUUCCUGCUUGUACUGCCGUGCUCCGACGACGAUCUGGACAAAUGGCGAGAUCGGACGACCCGUACAAAGAGGGAUAUCUCUGCUUUCCGCCACACGGAGUACUAUCGCAGCUAAAGAAAUCCUGGCAGAAACGUUAUUGUAGAUUAUUCAAAUGGAGUAAACAUGGUAUAGAUCGUCUUGAAGUAUUUGACGGUAUCGACGAUCAAAAAUCUUCAAAUAUUGCCUCAAUAAUACCCUUGGAAAGCUGUGUAAAAAUUACACAAGAUGCUCAAAAACAUCAACCUAAUGUGUUCGCGGUUUGGACAAAAACCGGUGUUCAUCAUUUUGCUGCAAAUUCUGAACAAGAAAUGACUGACUGGAUAUGUGCCUUGCAAGCUGUGGCAUUCAGGGAUAAUGUGUCAAGACAAACAAUUGAAGAAGAUAAUGAUUUAUAUUGUUCGUCCGGAGAUGCUGGUGUUUUUAGUGUUAAAUUAAUUUCAUCAGAUGCCAGUGAACGUUGUGGUUUAAAAGAACAGCCUUAUACAUUAGUCAUUACUCCUGUUGCUCUACAAUUACGAGAAUCUGAUGAAAAUGAUACACUACUUCUAACGUGGCCAUAUAGAUUUAUUCGAAGAUAUGGGUAUAGAGCUGGUAGAUUUACAUUUGAAGCUGGUCGCAAAUGUGCCAGUGGUGAAGGUGUGUUUCAUUUGGAACAUUCAAAUCAACAGGAAAUAUUUCGAUGUAUCUCAUCAAAAAUGAAAAGUAUGAAAAAACUAUUGAAUGGCGGAGGUGAUGCGACAUCAAUCAUGUGCGGUGAUAAUCAGUUUAGAGCGGCUUUGUCCAUGAUGGCACGUUCUCGAAGCCCCUUACCACCAUCGCCCACUAGCACUACUCCAUUAAUUUUGGAUAAUGACUUUAAUAGCUUUUCUUGUUCAAUCAAACCUCUUAUGCCUUUACCAACAUUAUUAGUACCUCCAACUACGUCUCCACCACCACCACCGCUAAAACCAAAACCAAAAGCAAUUUUUUCUAAGAAGCUACCUACUCCUUUCAUGAACGACCCUUACAACGAAACUAAAGAAACAGAAUCACCAGAUGCAGCGUAUGAAGAUGUCCUAGUAAGAAAUGAUGCCUGGAGGACUAUGGGUCUCAAUGAUUCAAAUCAUUGCGAAAAACCUUAUGCUAGUAAUAAUGUAAUAUCUGAUGAUGGUGCUGAACAUUAUGACCAUCUACAGCAUUUUGGUUUUAUAUCUAAAACAGCACCUGGGUAUAGACAAAUUCACCCUAUUGCUUUAACCACUAAGCACAAAUCUAUUAUAAAAGCAGACACCGUAAUGAUGCCUGCUCGGAAAGCUGACGAUUCACAUUACGGGUAUGGUACUAUAAAUAAAAAAAACUCAACCGAAGAUAAUCGCUCAAAUAACGAGUCAUUGGACUCAGUAGCACACAAUGAAUUGCAAUAUGCUAUGGUCUUCAAGCCUAAUAAGGUCUAGUCUUAUUUUUAUUAUUAUUAAUUUUUUUUUAUUGAU